AGUCUCCCCCUGUCGUCAUAACAGCAUAGUACGGCUCUGACACCACCUCCACUCAAUACCGAGAGAGAGGGGCACAAUAAACAGAAGACAUCUGUGUCUGACAUCGAGGCAGCGAAGACCGUAAUUUAAACCGCGCGUCUUCGCUCCCCAACUAGAAACCCUCCUCACCCCAUGAACGGUGCCGGUGACUCGGGGUUUAACGUCCUCUAAAGACGGUGACAGGGCGAGGAGGGAACGUUGCCUUCCGGGGGAUUCAGCGAAGCAGCAGCUGAAGCAGGGUUGAUUUGGUUUUGACCACUGCAGGACCCACCACUAACUAGCUGGAUUUGAGGGACUCCAGACAGAACAGAGACCACACACCUCCGACUACCUAACAUCAGAACCAAGAGGUCCACAAUCAGCAAACAACAGCAACAGCGCCAUGCAUACCUCCAUCGUCUUCCUCCUCCCCUUCUUUCUCCUCUCUCUCCUCGCCUCCUCUUCUUCUUCCCAGAGUGACUCUCCGGAACUCGUCGUCGCCACGCGGGCAGGACGUGUCCGCGGCGUCCGCCUACCGACGCCGGACCGGAGUCACGUGACCGCUUUCCUCGGAAUCCCAUUCGCGGAGCCCCCACUGGGCAAGAAGCGCUUCCGAAAGGCGGAGCCCAAGAAGCCAUGGUCGGACUUGUUCGAAGCUAGCUCCUACCCCAACGCCUGCUACCAGUUCGUUGACACCUCUUUCCCCGGGUUCCAGGGAAGCGAGAUGUGGAACCCCAACAGGGAGAUGAGCGAGGACUGCCUCUACCUCAAUAUCUGGGUCCCCACCUCCACCAGACCUCACAACCUCACCGUGAUGGUAUGGAUCUACGGAGGAGGGUUCUACAGCGGAUCAUCGUCCCUGGAUGUGUACGACGGGCGCUACCUGGCUCACUCGGAGAAGGUGGUGGUGGUUUCCAUGAACUACCGCAUCGGGGCCUUUGGGUUCCUGGCUCUCCACGGCUCCUCAGAGGCCCCUGGGAACGUGGGGCUCUUAGACCAACGCAUGGCCCUCCAGUGGGUCCAGGAUAACAUACACUUCUUCGGGGGCAACCCCAAACAGGUGACCAUCUUUGGGGAGAGUGCCGGAGCAGUCUCUGUUGGGAUGCACCUCCUGUCACCCGACAGUCGACCCACCUUCACCCGAGCUAUCCUCCAGAGUGGAGCCCCCAACUGCCCCUGGGCCACUGUUACGCCAGCUGAAGCCCACCGGAGGGCCGUCAUGUUGGGGAAGCUCGUCGGGUGCCCCUCGGGGGGUAACGAUACGGAGCUGGUGGACUGUCUUCGCAACAAGCCCCCGCAGGAGCUCAUUGACCAGGAGUGGCAGGUCAUGCCGUGGUCUGCCAUCUUCCGUUUCUCCUUUGUGCCCGUCAUCGACGGCGUGGUCCUUCCAGACAACCCCGAGGCCAUGCUCAGCUCAGGCAACUUCAAGGACACCCAAAUCCUGCUGGGGGUCAACCAGGAUGAGGGGUCCUUCUUCCUCCUCUAUGGAGCCCCUGGCUUCAGCAAGGACAACGAGUCACUGAUCUCGCGCGAGGACUUCCUGGAAAGCGUGAAACUGAGCGUUCCGCAUGCAAAUGAGAUCGGCCAGGAGGCUGUGGUUCUGCAGUAUACUGACUGGUUUGAUGAGAAUAACGGGGUGAAGAACCGUGAUGCCCUGGACGAUGUGGUCGGAGAUCAUAAUGUCAUCUGCCCCCUGCAGCACUUCGCCAGGAGCUAUGCCCAGUUUCACUCUAACCAGGGUGCCAACAAUGGGCAACCAGCGGGCAAUGCAGGGUCCACGGCGAAGGAUGGGAACUCACAAGGUGGAGUGUACCUGUACCUGUUUGACCACCGUGCGUCUAACCUGGCGUGGCCUGAGUGGAUGGGCGUUAUCCAUGGUUACGAGAUAGAGUUUGUGUUUGGCAUGCCGCUUGAGAAGAGACUGAACUACACAGCCGAGGAGGAGAAACUGAGCCGACGCAUGAUGAGAUACUGGGCCAACUUCGCACGCACCGGUAACCCCAAUAUCAACUUUGAUGGCAGUGUGGAUAGCAGGCGGAAGUGGCCCCAGUUCACCAACAGUGAACAAAAACACGUGGGUCUGAACACGGAAUCCAUGAAGAUCCACAAGGGCCUGCGGAAUCAGCUGUGUGCAUUCUGGAACCGCUUCCUGCCACGCCUCCUCAACAUCACCGAUAACAUAGAUGAGGCGGAGCGUCAGUGGAAGGUGGAGUUCCAUCGCUGGUCCUCCUACAUGAUGCACUGGAAGAGCCAGUUUGACCAUUACAGCAAGCAGGAGCGCUGCACUGACCUCUGAGGAGAGAGAGAAAGAGAUGAUGAAGACCUUGUCCUUCCAUAGUUUCCUACAUUUCUUCAUGUGAUAUGAUUUGUUAAGGCUUUGCAGUUUAACUCGACGAAGGCCAAACAGUGGAUUCCUUUCCCCCACAAAAUCACAUUUAAUGUGUCACAAAUCAUACUUUUUGUGUGUUUUUUUGUUUUUCCAUUGCAGAUGUUUGGCUGCCUAAAACACGUCCAUAAGCUGACAAUUUAUCAGCAUCAAAUGUAUUAUGGAAGGAGGUGGUCAUUGAUGAAGGCUGUGAAACGGUGAACAUUUCAAAGGUGUGUCAUUACAGUACCUCUGAAGACUAUGUGUAUGUGUGUGUGCGUAUAUGCAUGCAUCCGUGGGCAUGUGUGUGUGUGUGUGUGUGUGUGAGCGGAAGUGUGGUACGACUGAACCUCUGUGUUCCACAUCACUCUUAUUUUUUUAUUUUUUACUUCACUUUAUUAUUUUCCAGUUGAUACAAAUCUCGCUAUCUGCUUAUUUUUAAUGAUCUUUAUUUAAAACAGCUAUUAUGACCACUGUUCCACUGUCUAACCAUGUAUCCGUUCACUUGGCGCUCGUCUAUCUCUUAUAUCUGUCCCCCCCCGUUCUUCUAUCCUUCAUUCUUUCUCUCUGACUGUAUUAGUUAGGUGAUCUGUUGUUGUAUCUGUGUCGUGUCUUCUCCCGUGUCUCAAAUGACACCCUAUUCCCUAUAUGGUGCACUACUAAGCUCUGGUUGAAAGUAGUGCACUCCUUGUGGAAAAGAGGUGGGAUUCAGAAAUACAAUCUGUGUCUGUGUAGCGUCUUCUUUUGCAUCUCAAAUGUACACCCUAUUCCCUACAUAAUGCACGACUAAACUCUGGUUGAAAGUAGUACAUGGAAUAGGGUGUGAUUUGGGAUGUAGUCUGGAUGGGUACAAACCUAAAACCUCUGAUCAAUUAUUAUAGGAAUCUGGAGCCAUGUAAAUCGCUGUGUGCUGGGUUAGAAAAUAACUACACUGAAAAAAAACACAGUUAAGACUGUGUGUGUGUGUGUGUGUGUGUGUGUGUGUGUGUGUGUGUGUGUGUGUGUGUGUGUGUGUGUGUGUGUGUGUGUGUGUGUGUGUGUGUGUGUGUGUGUGUGUGUUACACUACAUGGAUAUAAACAGACAGGUGCAUACAAAGUUCAUACACACACACUAUCACUCUCUCACACACCAAAACACACACACACACACAGAGUGGAUUGAAAAGCGUGCACGGAGGACCAGUACUCACAUGUUCAGCGUUCAACAAGAUAGACAUGUAGUCAUGUUAUAUGUCACACGUCUAUCUUGUUCAUCGGCUGAACUUCACCGCUGAACUCUGUGUACGUUUCUCAAUCCACUCUGUGUGUUCCCGGUGUGUGUGUGUGUGUGUGUUUCGGUGUGUGCAUGUGUUUCGGUGUGUGUGUGUUUCGGUGUGUGUGUUUCGGUGUGUGUGUGUGUUUCGGUGUGUGCGUGUGUUUCGGUGUGUGCGUGUGUUCCGGUGUGUGUGUGUGUUUCGGUGUGUGUGUGUGUGUUUCGGUGUGUGUGUGUGUUUCGGUGUGUGUGUGUGUUUCGGGUGUGUGUGUGUGUUUCGGGGUGUGUGUGUGUUUCGGUGUGUGCGAGAGCGAUAGUGUUUGUAUGCACUUGUCGGUAUAUAUCCACAUACCUCUGUCAAUCACCUAUAUGUAGCCAAGCACUUGUGAAUGUCAGUCACACCCACUGUUGUUUGUUCUAGCUUCAGAAUGCAGUAAAGUAUUAUAUUUUGUGGGCGUGAGGGUGUGUGUGUGUGUGCAUACUACUAAUAUUGUCUCCGUGCCAACGGGUCGAUGUGUCUCACUCCCCUCCAUCUCUCUCUUUUGUCCUAUCCAUCUCUCUCCCGUCUCACCCCCCCCCCCUCUCCAUCUCUCUCUCCUCCAUCUCUCUCCCAUCUCACCCCCCCUCCCUCUCCAUCUCUCUCUCCUCCAUCUCUCCAUGUCCCCAGAGGACGAACGGUUCUCGUUAGUCUAAUGGAGACUGAAGUAAUUCACUCAGUGUGUGCCUGUUGGUGUGUGUGUGUGUGUGUGUGUGUGUGUGUGUGUGUGUGUGUGUGUGUGUGUGUGUGUGUGUGUGUGUGUGUGUGUGUGUGUGUGUGUGUGUGUGUGUGUGUGUGUGUGUGUGUGUGUGUGCGCGUGCGUGUGUGUAAUUCAGUGCUCCAGUGAAACGACAGGAUGCUGCGUCAGCCAUUCGCUGGCUAUGAGACAGACAGGCCCUGGGCUGGGCUGUACUGCACUGCUGCAGUGGCUGGGGCUGAUGGAGAGAGAGGGAGGAGGGUGAGAGAGGGGCGAGAGAUGGAGAGCAUGGGUAGGAGAGAUGAGAGAUGGAGGGGAAUGAGAGAUGGAGCGAGGGUGAGGAGAGAGAGAGGGUAAAGAUAAAAAGAGAGGGGAAGAUGGAGGGAAAAAGAAAACAGGGUUACGUACUCCACUCUUGUCUAUACUAAGGUUAUUUAUCAUUAAUGUGACAUAUACGUACUAUAUGUGUGGGUUUCUGUUACUCUUUUUCAGUAUUUUAUUUUGCAGUUGCAUUCUUCAGGUUUAAACCAACUACAGAUGUCAGAGUGUAAGAGACUCUCUGUAUGGAGUGUUUAACGAUCACUUCCGUAUCUGUUGAGAUUGUUCUGAGUUUGGCUGCUCUCGUCGGGACUUUGACAUGAUAAAUCCGUCCGUCUGUCUGUCUUUGUGUGUUCUCCGUAUGUGUGUCUAAUUGUCUGUCACUGUGAGUCUACCUUUUGUUUGUUUGUUUGUCCAUCUGUGUCCACCUCUGUCUCUCUGCUUGCGUUUGUCUACUUGUCUGUGUGUCCAUCCGCCCGUCUCUAUACAGUUUUUGCAUGAUGUCAUACUUUUGUGAUGUCAUAUGUGUAAUGUCAUAUUUAUUUGAACUUGCGUUUGUUGACAUUGUGGAAGGGAUCAGGAUCAGCCUUGUGAUUGGUCAGUGGGUCUUUCAUCGAAUCAUUAUGAGUGGUGAAUUCACCGGCAUGUACAACUCCUAUUUAACGACUGGAGUAGAGUAGUCUAGCUUUAAAAAAAAUAUAUAUAUAAAAUAAAAAAGUCAAAGACUAUCUGUAAUUAUUUAGAUACUGGCUGUGUCCCAAAUGGCACCCUAUUCCCUACAUAGUGCGUUACUUUUGAUCAGGGCCCAAAGGGCUCUGGUCAAAAGUUGUGCACUAUAUAGGGAAUGGGUUGCCAUUUGGGACGCAUCCACUUUGUUUGACUGAACAGAAUGCAUGUGUGUAUGUAUGGACUGGCUGCGUGAGUGUUCCGAUGAUGACUGAGUGACAGCUGCUCAAGCACCUCUUUUCCAAUAAGAGGGCCUGCUUACCCUUGCUCCUCCAAUGAUAUCCCUUCAUGCAUGUCCAGAGCAACAACCCCCUCCCUCUGUAUCCUACUCCAAAUUUAUGAUAGUUAUUUUCUGUAACAAUAUAAACCCCUGAUGUCCUGAUAUGUAUUUGGAUUAUUAUUACAAUUAUUAUAGCUUUGAAAUUACAGUUGAUGUUAGCAAUAAUAUAACACAUUGAUAACUAAAUAUAUGACAUUUAUUGUAUGAUGAUGAUGAUUAUGACGAUGAUGAUGAAGAUUGACAAAGCAAUAUAAUAUAUAUAGAGUGCCAUAUUUUUAUUUGAAUUGUUAUAUUAUUUUUCCUUUUUCCCUUUUCAAUCCAACAGUAUUACUACAGUACUACUACAGUAUACUAGUCUAAACAGUAAAUCGAGUAUAUACAGUAUUAUGGGUAUAUACAGCAUAGUAUCUACUGUAUAUAAUAUAUAUAUAGUAUAUACAGUUUAUACUAGUAACACUACUGUACUAUUACAGUACUACUACUUCUGCAUCAUUUGUUACAGUCGCUAGUACUUUAAAUAAUACAUUAGAAUGGCUUUUGUAGAAGUAUGUAUUCAUGAAUGCCAGCUUGUUGUUUGUCAAAUUGCAACAAAAUAAAGACACCUUGCUUGCUUACCUCUAAUACCGAGUC